CACUCUCUCCCAGCCUGGAGUGCAGUGGCACAAUCUCGGCUCACUGCAGCCUCCUCUGCCUCCCAGGUUCAAGUGAUUCUCCUGCUCAGCCUCCUGAGUAGCUGGGAUUACAAUGCACCACCACACCUGGCUAAUUUUUGUAUUUUUAAUAGAGACAGAUUUUCGCAAUGUUGACCAGGCUGGUCUCGAACUCCUGACCUCAAGUGAUCCCCCUGCCUUACCCUCCCAAAAUGCUGGGAUUACAGAUGGAGUCUUGCUCUAUUGCCCAGGCUAGAUUGCAAUGGGGAGAUCUCGGCUCACUGCAACCUCCGCCUUCUGGGUUCAAGCGAUUCUCCUGCCUCAGCCUCCGGAGUAGCUGGGAUUACAGCGAUGCGGUUUCACUAUGGUGUCCAGGCUGGUCUGCAACUCCCGGGCUCAAGCGAUCCUCCCGCCCCGCCUCUCAAAGUGCUGGGAAGGUCCCUUCCAGGCUUAAGCAGCGAUAAUGGUUUUCAAGUUAAAAACAAAGGAGGAACAGCACAGCAUGCUGGGCUCUGGAUUUAAAGCUGAGCGCUUAAGAGUGAAUUUGAGAUUAGUCAUAAAUCGCCUUAAACUAUUGGAGAAAAAGAAAACGGAACUGGCCCAGAAAGCAAGGAAGGAGAUUGCUGACUAUCUGGCUGCUGGGAAAGAUGAACGAGCUCGGAUCCGUGUGGAGCACAUUAUCCGGGAAGACUACCUCGUGGAGGCCAUGGAGAUCCUGGAGCUGUACUGCGACCUGCUGCUGGCUCGGUUUGGCCUUAUCCAGUCUAUGAAGGAACUAGAUUCUGGUCUGGCUGAAUCUGUGUCUACAUUGAUCUGGGCUGCUCCUCGACUCCAGUCAGAAGUGGCUGAGUUGAAAAUAGUUGCUGAUCAGCUCUGUGCCAAGUAUAGCAAGGAAUAUGGCAAGCUAUGUAGGACCAACCAGAUUGGAACUGUGAAUGACAGGCUAAUGCACAAGCUGAGUGUGGAAGCCCCACCCAAAAUCCUGGUGGAGAGAUACCUGAUUGAAAUUGCAAAGAAUUACAAUGUACCCUAUGAACCUGACUCUGUGGUCAUGGCAGAAGCUCCUCCUGGGGUAGAGACAGAUCUUAUUGAUGUUGGAUUCACAGAUGAUGUGAAGAAAGGAGGCCCUGGAAGAGGAGGGGGUGGUGGCUUCACAGCACCAGUUGGUGGACCUGAUGGAACGGUGCCAAUGCCCAUGCCCAUGCCUAUGCCAUCUGCAAAUACGCCUUUCUCAUAUCCACUGCCAAAGGGACCAUCAGAUUUCAAUGGACUGCCAAUGGGGACUUAUCAGGCCUUUCCCAAUAUUCAUCCACCUCAGAUACCAGCAACUCCCCCAUCGUAUGAAUCUGUAGAUGACAUUAAUGCUGAUAAGAAUAUCUCUUCUGCACAGAUUGUUGGUCCUGGACCCAAGCCAGAAGCCUCUGCAAAGCUUCCUUCCAGACCUGCAGAUAACUAUGACAACUUUGUCCUACCAGAGUUGCCAUCUGUGCCAGACACACUACCAACUGCGUCUGCUGGUGCCAGCACCUCAGCAUCUGAAGACAUUGACUUUGAUGAUCUUUCCCGGAGGUUUGAAGAGCUGAAAAAGAAAACAUAGGUCUCUUAAACCAGGCAACUUUCACGUUUUGGGAGUUGAGACUGAGCAAUUUCUCCUUGUAACAAAGAAUCUCCAUGAAAUUCUGUUUCAUCUGUUAACCGUCACUCAGCACAACACUCCUCCUCUGGGCUCUCUUCCUGCUCCUCCAGAUUCUGCUGCUUUCCAGUUCUCUGUUGAUCCUGAGACUAACAACUGGAGACUGAGGCCAGAGCAACUGGCUCCUGGCAGCUGUGCUUGUCCGUUUCCUGUCAGCGUGAUCCCAGGUUUCCUCCUGGCCCGUCCCAUGGUCCCUCCACAGGAGUGCGAGAGGAUGGGGAAGCACUGUGGGAAGACCACCAAAGAUGGCUGGACAGUGGGAGAGAGCACGUCGUGAAGCAUCCCAGCCUCGUGUUGAGGUUCCAGACUUAGAAACAAACCCCUCUGUACAGGGGGAUUGUGGUGAGUGAGAAUCAAGGCCACGGUGUGUGUUUUCUCACUCUCGAAUGAGAGAAGAUGACUAGGGACGCCAUUGUAACGGUUCCUGGAAGCUGGACCCUCUCAUUGGCAUAUACAGUACUCCUCGCUGCAGGGCACUGUCCCACCGGGAUCCAGUUGCAAAGUUUGUCUUGACAGUUGAAGGCCUCGCUUAGUUGUACUGGAUUCUCAGGGAGCCCUCUGUGGCCUUUUGCUUUGCGUGCUGUUUCCCUUGUACCAGAGGGCGGCACCGUGGAAAUUCUGUUUUCCCUGUAGCAUAUUGUGUUGGAUUGCAUUACUGGCAGAGAAAGGACAAGGUGCCAUUCAAGUCUAGGGUGGGCUUCCAGCUGCCUUAAUAGAAGUACUCAAGUCUUUUGGGUAGUAAGCUGGAAAGCCUACAGGAAAAGAGGGGUACCUGUUUUCAUUUGAAAACUUUGAUUCAUGGAACCUUUAAAACUAAUCUCAGAAAAAUUUUUGGUGCCCAUGCGGCUGUAGUUGUUCACUGCUUUCCUGGAUGGAUGGGACUCUUAUGUCGUAACUUCUGUUACUCCUUUGGCCCGUAGCUAAGGUCAUCCUUCCCCACAGGGGUGGCUUUGGGAUUGGAUGAUACAGCUUUUGCUUCUGUGUAGUAUACCUGUACAUACUUGUUUCAGGCAGCCUUUCUUUAAUGUUUUCAGUUGGUUUGUAUUCUGUAGCUCAGUAGCUGCUAAUAAAGUUAAAGAUCUGUG